AUGUCGCAGAAUCGGCCUGCUGCCUUUUCGAGUUUGAGAAUGGGGGAGGUUAUUCGUGAAAAGGUACAGGAUGGCGUCACUGGAGAGACCCGGGAUAUGCAGUACACUCAAUGUAAGAUUGUUGGAAACGGAUCAUUUGGUGUUGUUUUCCAAACCAAACUUUCGCCGUCUGGCGAAGAUGCCGCUAUAAAACGUGUUCUACAAGACAAGAGGUUCAAGAAUCGCGAGUUGCAAAUCAUGCGCAUUGUGCGGCACCCAAAUAUUGUAGAGCUCAAGGCCUUUUACUAUUCCAACGGAGAACGUAAAGAUGAGGUUUAUCUCAACUUGGUUCAAGAAUAUGUCCCUGAGACAGUCUAUCGAGCAUCAAGGUAUUUCAACAAGAUGAAAACCACCAUGCCGAUCUUGGAGGUCAAACUUUACACCUAUCAACUUUUCCGAGCUCUGGCCUACAUUCAUUCUCAGGGUAUCUGCCAUCGUGACAUCAAGCCUCAAAAUCUACUCUUAGACCCAAGCACAGGUAUUUUGAAGCUUUGCGAUUUUGGCAGUGCAAAAAUCUUGGUGGAAAACGAGCCAAAUGUUUCAUACAUUUGCUCCCGCUAUUACCGGGCACCCGAACUAAUUUUUGGUGCUACAAAUUACACAACAAAAAUUGACGUAUGGUCGACUGGAUGUGUAAUGGCAGAACUAAUGCUUGGUCAACCAUUAUUUCCUGGAGAGUCCGGUAUCGACCAACUUGUAGAGAUCAUCAAAGUCCUAGGAACUCCUACUCGUGAUCAAAUCCGAACCAUGAACCCGAACUACAUGGAGCACAAGUUUCCUCAAAUAAAGCCCCACCCUUUUAAUAAGGUUUUUCGCAAAGCUGAUCAAAGUGCCAUUGAGUUGAUCUCCUGUUUGCUGGAGUAUACGCCCACAGAGAGGCUUUCAGCGGUUGAUGCUAUGGUUCACCCAUUCUUUGAUGAGCUUCGAAAUCCCUACACACGUUUCCCAGAUUCUCGUCAUCCCAACGGCCCAGUAAAGGAUUUACCGACUCUCUUUGACUUUACUCGCCACGAACUCUCAAUUGCACCUAAUCUUAAUCAAAAACUUGUUCCCCCACACAUGCGAGCUAGCUUAGCAUCGAGAGGUCUAGAUAUUGAAAGUUUUGUCCCUAUGAUCAAGGAUGAAAUGAUGGCCAGGUUAGAUUGA